AUGGACCUCGAAAAUCCCCCGCCACCGUACGAGGAGGUCGAGAGAGGGAGACCGCCCGCGUACCGCACACGCCGUGGUGACGAGGAAGUCCUGUUCACUUCUUGGAGCACUGACUUGCAUUUCGAAGAGAUCACCUUCUCUCCAGCGCUCAGCAUAGCACCAGAGCCAUACCGCGCCAGACCUCAUGCCGACUUGAACGACACGCACGGUGCUCCGGGCCAACGCUGCUCACCGCCUCUCGGGCCACGAGCACCGUCCUCCAGGACGCCAUGGUGGAAUCGGGGCCCCGAAGGUGACGGCCAGCACACGGGAGUGUGGCAUCAGCUCGCGUCCUACCCGCGAUGGCUGCGCAUCCACUCCAAAAUCACCCGGUGGACGAUCUUCAUCAUCAUCCUCCCCGCCAUUUGUAUCACCAAGUUCGCCGCGAUAGCCCGGGACGACCUAUCCGACGAUCCGUAUGACUGGAACUGCGAGAACCAUUACCUUGCCCACGCCUCCGAGCCGUGGUACUCAUCCCUCGGCAACCCCCCGGCCGGUUCCGGGCGGUAUCACAGCCAAUGCCGUGGUCUCUAUGCCUGGGCGCAGCUCACCCUCGCCGUGGGCAUCCUCUCGUGCCUGAGGGCCCUGUACCAGAUCAUCAAGAGGGGUAUCUUCGACUGGUCAGCAGCAGAGCAUGGAAACAAGCUGCGGCGCUCCACAGCCGACACCCUGGAGUUCGUUGGCGUGUUCGCUUCGGCCGUGGCGGCGGUACUCUACCUCGUCAGUGCCGUGCUCCUCGGCACGAGCAGGCUCUUCACCGGUCCGUCUACCGAGGACGAGUGGUACAGAUCACUGUACACGGCCUGCCUGUCGCUCGUCUGUCUCAACUGCGUCGCCUCAGUGCACCAGGCCGUCAUCCUGACAUUGGUCGCCUACGUGCGCAGGAGAAGACGUUGGGCAGCGGGUACAGCACCAGAUAUGCCGCAGCAGCAGCAGUAG